UCGUGCGGCCGUGCCCCUCCCGGGGGCCCCGCGGACGGCGGGAGCCGCCUCGCCCCUCUGCGGAGGUGACCGGCUGACUGAGCGACGAGGGCAUGGAGCCGCGAUCCGGGCCCGCGCUGCCCGGGUGGGGGCUCGCAGGGAGGGCGAUGGGCUGCACUGACCUGCUCCAGCGGGCUUGAACCUGUCGGCUCUUGGCUCACCAGGCUGUCCAGUCCAGGCCAAGCAGUUCUGGGGCCCUAGCUUGGGCGCUGGAUCUGAACGAACGGACCAUCCAGGCUGCCAGGGCCAACCCCCGCCCGGCCUCCUGCCCCCGUCACCAGGACAGCCAUGGAGAAGAUGUCCCGAGUGACCACGGCCCUGGGCGGCAGCGCGCUGACCGGCCGCACCAUGCACUGCCACCUGGACGCACCAGCCAAUGCCAUCAGCGUGUGCCGAGAUGCAGCCCAGGUGGUCGUGGCAGGCCGCAGCAUCUUCAAGAUCUAUGCCAUUGAAGAAGAGCAGUUCGUGGAGAAGCUGAACUUGCGUGUGGGUCGCAAGCCCUCACUCAACCUGAGCUGCGCCGAUGUGGUCUGGCACCAGAUGGAUGAGAACCUGCUGGCCACGGCAGCCACCAACGGGGUGGUGGUCACAUGGAACCUGGGCCGGCCGUCCCGCAACAAGCAGGACCAGCUGUUCACCGAGCACAAGCGCACAGUGAACAAGGUCUGCUUCCACCCCACCGAGGCCCACGUGCUGCUCAGUGGCUCCCAGGACGGCUUCAUGAAGUGCUUUGACCUGCGCAGGAAGGACUCUGUCAGCACCUUCUCGGGCCAGUCGGAGAGCGUGCGGGACGUCCAGUUCAGCGUCCGGGACUACUUCACCUUCGCCUCCACCUUCGAGAACGGCAACGUGCAGCUCUGGGAUAUCCGGCGGCCCGACCGGUGCGAGAGGAUGUUCACGGCCCACAAUGGGCCCGUCUUCUGCUGUGACUGGCACCCCGAAGACAGGGGCUGGCUAGCCACAGGUGGGCGUGACAAGAUGGUGAAGGUCUGGGACGUGACGACGCACCGUGCCAAGGAGGCACACUGUGUGCAGACUAUCGCCUCGGUGGCCCGUGUCAAGUGGCGGCCUGAGUGCCGCCACCAGCUGGCCACGUGCUCCAUGAUGGUGGACCACAACAUCUACGUGUGGGACGUGCGCCGGCCCUUCGUGCCAGCCGCCAUGUUUGAGGAGCACCGUGACGUCACAACGGGCAUUGCCUGGCGCCACCCACACGACCCCUCCUUUCUGCUGUCAGGCUCCAAGGACAGCACGCUGUGCCAGCACCUGUUCCGCGAUGCCAGCCAGCCCGUGGAGCGUGCCAACCCCGAGGGUCUGUGCUAUGGCCUCUUUGGGGACCUGGCCUUUGCUGCCAAGGAGAGCCUGGUGGCUGCUGAGUCGGGGCGCAAGCCCUAUGCUGGCGACCGUCGCACCCCUAUCUUCUUCAAGCGCAAGCUGGACCCUGCCGAGCCCUUUGCGGGCCUGGCCUCCAGCGCUCUCAGCGUCUUUGAGACAGAACCUGGUGGUGGUGGCAUGAGCUGGUUUGUGGACACCGCUGAGCGCUACGCUUUAGCUGGCCGGCCACUGGCUGACCUAUGCGACCACAAUGCCAAGGUGGCUCGGGAGCUUGGCCGCAACCAGGUGGCACAGACGUGGACCAUGUUGCGGGUCAUCUUCUGCAGCCCUGGUCUGGCGGCCGCGGCCAAUCUCAGCCUGAGCCUGGGCAAGGGCAGCUCCUGUGGCCUGCCACUCAUGAACAGCUUCAACCUGAAGGACAUGGCCCCGGGGCUGGGCAGCGAAACCCGGCUGGAGCGCAGCAAAGGUGACACACGAAGUGACACAGCUCUGCUGGAUUCCUCGGCCACGCUGGUCACCAAUGAGGACAACGAGGAAACCGAGGGCAGCGAUGUGCCUGCCGACUACCUGCUGGGCGACGUGGAAGGCGAGGAGGACGAGCUGUAUCUGCUAGACCCUGAGCACGCACACUCCGAGGAGCCGGAGUAUGUGCUGCCGCAGGAGGCCUUCCCGCUGCGCCACGAGAUCGUGGAUACGCCCCCUGGGCCCGAGCACCUGCAGGACAAGGCAGACUCGCCACAUGUGAGUGGCAGCGAGGCUGACGUGGCCUCUCUGGCUCCCAUGGACGCCACGUCCUCGCUCCUGUCUGUGUCACACGCGCUCUAUGACAGCCGCCUGCCGCCGGCCUUCUUCAGCGUGCUGGUGCAGGACAUGCUGCGCUUCUAUGCCGAGCAGGGCGAUGUGCAGAUGGCUGUGUCUGUGCUCAUCGUGCUGGGCGAACGGGUGCGCAGGGACAUCGACGAGCAGACCCAGGAGCACUGGUACACGUCCUACAUCGACCUGCUGCAGCGCUUCCGCCUCUGGAACGUGUCCAACGAGGUGGUCAAGCUCAGCACCAGCCGGGCUGUGAGCUGCCUCAACCAGGCGUCCACCACCCUGCACGUCAACUGCAGCCACUGCAAGCGGCCCAUGAGCAGCCGGGGCUGGGUGUGCGACAGGUGCCACCGCUGUGCCAGCAUGUGUGCCGUCUGCCACCAUGUGGUCAAGGGUCUCUUCGUGUGGUGCCAGGGCUGCAGUCACGGCGGCCACCUGCAGCACAUCAUGAAGUGGCUGGAGGGUAGCUCCCACUGCCCUGCUGGCUGCGGCCACCUCUGCGAGUACUCCUGAUCCAAGGCCGGCCGGCCCGACGCCGCGCGCCCAAGACUCUCGAGCCUGGGGUGGACGGGGGCUGAGCUUGUGAACCCAAUAAAAGCAGCAGGAGCCACUGUCA